CUGCAAUCGCUGCAGAUGCGUAUGUUGUGGAUCACCUGGCUGGCGGCGCAAACUCGCAGUUUGUCCCCCCUCUCCCCAACUCAGUCUGCAUGCUGCUGAGCAUCCAAGCUGGUGGUGCUGAUGUCCUCUUCCUGUGUGCUGUGCAUCCCUGGCCUUGAUUUUUCACUGUUACGUGUGAUCGGGGUGAUUCUUUCUUGGGAUCCCUCUCACCCCUCGUCGAUCCCAUCUCCCCUCUGGGUGUGAUUGGUGUGCAGCUGGUGGUUACCAUGGUAAUGGCCAGUGUAAUUCAGAAAAUCAUACCUCAUUAUUCCUUCGCAAGAUGGCUACUCUGCAGUGGCAGUCUGCGGUGGUAUCAGCACCCUACGGAAGAUGAGUUGAGGAGCUUAGCUGGGAAACAAAAAGGACAGAAGAAGAAAGACAGGAAGUACAAUGGUCACAUAGACAAUAAGCCGCUAACAGUUCCGAAGGACAUAGAUCUACAGCUGGAGACGAAAUGCAUUGCAGAAGUCGACACAUUAGCAUUGCACUACUUCCCAGAGUUCCAGUGGCUGGUGGAUUUCACAGUGGCGGCAACUGUGGUCUACCUGAUAACAGAACUCUACUACAGUGUGGCUCAGCCCUCGGGAGAGAUGAACAUCAGUGUGGUCUGGUGCCUGCUAGUGCUCGCUUUUGUCAUUAAGACCCUUUUCUCUCUAACGGCCCACUACUUCAAGCUGGAGGAAGGAGGGGAGCGUUCACUCUGCAUCACUUUUGCUUUCUUCUUUUUUGUCAAAGCCAUGGCCAUUCUCAUUGUCACUGAAAACUACCUGGAGUUUGGUCUAGAAACAGGUUUUGCAAACUUCUCUGACAGUGCUCUACAGUUUCUGGAGCACCAGGGCUUAGAGUCCCAGGGUCCCAUAUCUAAACUCACCUUCAAGCUGGUCCUGGCCCUUCUCUGCUCCCUCAUUGGAGCAUUUCUGACUUUCCCUGGUCUACGAUUGGCCCAGAUGCACUUAGAUGCACUCAAUCUGACCACAGCCAAAGUUACACAGACUCUGCUUCAUAUCAACUUCCUGUCCCCUCUUAUCAUGGUCCUGCUGUGGGUGAAGCCCAUUACCAAGGACUACAUAAUGAACCCCACUUUGGAAAAGGAGAAUGUGCCUUUGAUGACUGAGGAUACGUAUGAUACAUUGCGGUUAUGGGCCAUCAUACUGAUGUGUAUGCUUCGGCUCGCUAUGAUGAGACAUCAUUUGCAGGCCUACCUCAACCUGGCCCAGAAGGGUGUGGACCAGAUGAAGAAGGAGGCGGGACGGAUAAGUACAGUUGACCUGCAGAAGAUGGUUGCACGUGUAUUUUACUACUUGUGUGUAAUCGCACUACAGUAUGUGGCACCACUGGUGAUGCUGCUGCAUACAACUUUGCUGCUAAAAACCUUAGGUGGACACUCCUGGUGGGUCUAUUCUGAAGAAGACCUGCCUUGCAUCUAUGACAUUAACUCUGACUCUGUGAUGGGGGCAGCACCAAUACCAGCCCCAACGCCAGCUCCAGGGGGAGAAACAGGAGCCCGGGCGUCAGUAGCCCAGCUGUCAAUGGCCCUGGGAGGCCUGCGGACUGUCUUCAGCCCGUUGCUUUUCCGGGGCCUUUUCUCCUUCUUUACUUGGUGGAUUGCUGCCUGCCUCUUCUCCACCUCCCUUUUUGGCCUCUUCUACCAUCAGUAUCUGAUGGCGGCAUAGCAUCACCAGCCCAACAGUGGCAGCCACACCCCCACAGGGCUACAGUGUGUUCAGCCUGAUCAGAAAGGACUGCGUGGGGGCAACAGAGGCCUACUGAUGACUCUGCUCCACAACUUCUCCCUUUCCUCCCUCCCUCUGACCACCUCAACAAUGACUGACCAUAUCAUCAGUGCUCCUGGUUCAACGUCCAGUGCUUCCUCCACAGGUGACUCUGUGAACUCUUGUCAUUAUUUUUACUACAACGACCACUACCUUUUUAUUUGGCAGGUGGCAGAUUGAUAAAUCUUAAUAAUAGACGGACUAAAGAAGAAUAUUAAUUGGUGUCAGUGUAUUGGCAUGGAGAUGAAAAAUGGUCCAGUUUGCUGUGUGAAAUUUGAAUGAUAUGAGGUAAAAUAGUAUCUCAAAUGCUGAUUAUAAUUAAUUUUAACGUGUUAAAAUGUGGUGUGGCAAUUUCGCUCAGUUCUACCAGUGAUAGGAGUGCUUAAUUAUUAUUUUCUGAUAAUAUUUUUUUUUCACAACUCAGCUCAUAUAAUGAGUUUGAUCUGUUAACAUCAUCAAAUUCAUGUCUUUUACUUUAGAAAGCCCUACAUUCAGCCUCUUACAGGUCCAUGCUUGUAGCAGGAGUGAGAUUUCAGUUUAUAUGAAUUCCUUCUAUUUUUAGUGGUCACUAAAGCUUCUUUAAAUUAGUAUUGGCAAUGAAUUAAAUCACUUAUCCAGAAAAAACCUCUUGAGUUACUCUGCAUGACCAGACACAUGCUGCUAGGUUUAAGUUGGUACUUAUUUUGUAGGGCCUGGACAUCUAUAUUUCAGUCUAUAUCACAGUAUAUGAUCGGCUUAAUUCCCCCACAGUGAUAGAUUGUUAAGAAGUUAUAUUUAUGGCACAGAAUUAAUUGAAUGUUGAGAUGUUCAUAGGGGUUAAUGAGCAACAUAUUAGCCUAAAACCACCUUAUGUUUUUGGAAGUUUGCCAUACUUUAGCCCCAUAUUUGUCUUUUGAUCAAAACUUUAAUGUCCAAGUAACGUUGCCACCACCACAAAAGUGUCUGAAAUAGUCUUAAAAUGUUGCGACAAGGACCAGUACGUCUCUGUUUGUAAGCGGACGAUGGAGGGAGGGGCAGCCUGUGGAUAUUCUCAGAGCGGCUGUCAGCUAAUUAGGGUCAGAGAGUGAACAACCGAAAAAGAGCUGUGCCUGCAGAGGAGAACACAUUCAACUCACGGGAGACAACUCAUUGACUUGAAGCUGAUGUGUUUAAACGUUUAAUCUGCGUCGUAACCUCCCUGGUUUUAACUGAGCCAUUUUAGAAGCUAUGAGAUAAUUUUAAGCUCUUUUUCUGAGCAGCAGAGGUAAUUUGAAGGGAGGACAGCACUGGGGGCUCAGUGAAGGUGUGUGCUUGUGUCUGUGUGUCUGUCUGCAUGAAUAGGAUCUCUGCUGUCAGGUCAGCUGUAAUCUGAAAGGGCAUUGUGAUCAAGAGGAAAUGAUGUCAACUGUUGUUGAUAAGCUACCGCCUUUAUAUUUUGCUUUCUUAUUUUUUUUUUUUUUUUUAACUUUUACCCAUCCAUUGCUUUUUAACUCAUUUGAGAACAGAUGUUUAUUGUUUCUAUUCUUUUUCUGAAGGAUCAAAUUGUGGAUUUGUAUAAGGUUUGACUUUGAAAACGGUGCCAAGUGAGUCUUGUUUCCCUGUUGCGAUGGCUAAAGAAAGGUUUGGUGUCUGCUCAUGUUGAAAUCUAAAACUGGACUACAACUCUACUGCCUUCUGUUUUCUGUAGAUCCAUCUUAAUGAAGAGGGACAUAGUUUUGUUUUACAACAGGGCAUAAUGGUUAGUACAGUGUCUUUGCAUACUGUACUUUGGUGGGUAAAUGUACGCACAGUCAUCGGGCUAAUGAAGCACCAGCCCCUAAUGUGAUUGUCCAGUCCAUUCAGGAAUGUAGGGUACGUAGUGCCAGAUUACGAGUCUCGUGGUUCUCUGGCAGUUCAUUUUGUCAUUCUUAUAUCAUAGAGCUGUAAUUUCUGAAUUCCAGCUCUAUAGGUUUUUUGUACAGAACACUUUUUCCAAAAUCGAGCAGCGCCAUAUCACAUUUUUUAGCUCCUGAUGUUGAAAGUCUUCACUUCAGUUUUGUGUGUUUGAAACGAUGGGGCAAUAUGCACAUAAUGAAUGUAUCAAUCCUGCCUAAUUUUGUAGAUUAAUUUCGUUAGACUUAUUUGUAUGACUUGAAUUAACAACUCCCUACUCCUCACCACCCCCUGCACUUCCUGAACUCUUCACUAGCAUCUGUUAAAUCUACCUUUCAAACUAAAUUCCCUAAUAACCUAAUGACUAUUUUUUAUGAUUAAUUUCUUUGUUUUUGUAUUUAUUACACAUGCCGAAGCCUGUAAACAUUUCUAAUUUUAACAGCAAAGACCUUAUUUUGCUAUUGGAGUCCACAAUGGCUUAAUUAAAUCAGUUGACAUGUGUUUGACAAAUCAGUUACAUAUUAACCUUUUUAAAUGGUCUGGUCCGUUUAAAAGUAGCUGGGAUACUUUCAGAACUUAGUGGCCUGAUGAGGCAAUGUUUCUUCUGUUAGUUACCACUGAAAGUGUUUAUUGUUCAUUGUUGAGUUCAUGAAGUAAAUUACAUGCAUUGUUCUUUCAUGUAUUUAUUUCUGCUUUAAAGUAUGUCUUAAAUAAAUUAUGUUCUUUACUAUGUCUUU